AUGUCUAUCCAGGAAUACGUCAACAUCUACGUCGCCUGGGGCAAGUCCCACGAAUACCGACACCAACCUCACUGGGCGCUCCUCGUCGCCCCCCUCGGCGAUAUAAAGUGCACAGCGUACCACAUAACAGGCGGCCCCGAAGAAUACAUCCACGACAUGGAAAUUGGCAAGACACUCUACGACUCCAGCCUGACCUACCUCCACAAAAUAGCAUGCAUCCCGGCCGAAAAGCAGAAACUCGUUUACCGGGCCACACAGGAUGUAGCUCCCCAGCGGUGCCAUACGUGGCUCGUCGACGUCCUUGCGGAGCUCGAAUGGGAAGGACUUCUUUGGCCUGGACUGACGGAGUUCUAUAGGUUUUUUGUUUGUCCCUCUGUUUGGGAGAUGUGUACGCGGGACUUUCAUGCGCCGGAUUAUAUGUCCUCGGGGGAUCUGGUGGAACUUGCGGAGACCGUGAGGGAGAAGGGCUUGAGUGACCUGGAAUUCUGCACGUGUUUCUUUUAA